AUGUCUUUUUUCCAAGCUUUGUAUGGCUAUUUACCUCCCCAUCUAGCUUUUCCUUCUACUGCUACUACUUCUGUGGAUGUUGUGGAAGCUUACUUAAAAUCAAGAGACUAUAUGCUUGACAUCAUCAAAGAAUCUCUGCAUCAAUCACAGGACAGAAUGAAACUCUAUGUUGAUUCCUCAAGAGUGGAACGUAUUUUUGCAGAAGGGGAUUUGGUCUACCUCAAACUCCAACCUUACAGGCAAGCAUCAGUGUCCUUGAGAAGGAACUUUAAGCUCUCAGCUAAAUAUUAUGGACCAUUCAAAGUUUUACAAAGGAUUGGUGCAGUAGCCUAUAAACUUCAGCUGCUUUCACACUCCAGGAUACACCUUGUUUUUCAUGUUUCACAGUUGAAGCAGCAUAUUGGUGUGAAAUACACACCUUCACCUACUCUACCUGUUGUGGAUCUCCAUAGUGAAAUUAUCAUGCUCCCAGAGCAGGUGUUGAAGAUAAGAACAGUACUCAGAGGCAACAAGAUGGUGCACCAAAUGCUCAUCCAAUGGACCAACUCCUCAGCAGACGAUGCUACUUGGGAGGACAUCUCCAAUAUUAGGUCUCAUUAUCCUAGAUUUGCCUUCGAGGACAAGGACAAUUUUCAGGGGUAG